AAGACAUAGAUUCAUGGAAGACAUGGCUUUGUUGGAAGACGUGGAUUUCCUGGAAGACGUAGCUUUGUUGGAAGACGUAGGUUGGCUGGAAGACGUGGAUUGGCUGGAAGACAUGGAUUGGCUGGAAGACAUAGGUUGGCUGGAAGACGUGGAUUGGCUGGAAGACGUGGAUUGGCUGGAAGACGUGGAUUGGUUGGAAGACGUGGAUUUCCUGGAAGACGUGGAUUUCCGGGAAGACAGGGAUUUCCUGGAAGACGUGGAUUUCCUGGAAGACUUGGAUUAGCUGGAAGCCGUGGAUUUCCUGGAAGACGUGGAUUAGCUGGAAGACAUGGAUUUCCUGGAAGACGCGUAUUUCCUGGAAGACGCAGAUUUCCUGGAAGACGGGGAUUUCCUGGAAGACAUGGAUUUCCUGGAAGAUAUGGAUUAGCUGGAAGACAUGGAUAUUCCGGAAGCUAUGGAUUUUAUGGAAGACAAGGAUUUUCUGGAAGAUGUGGAUAGGCUGGAAGACCUGGAGGUCAAUUGGAAGACAUGGAUCCUCUGGAAGACAUGUUUUUUGGAAGACAUGGAUUUUCAGGAAGACCUUAAUUGUCUGGAAGACCUGGAUUUUUUGGAAGACAUUUGCUGGAAGACUCUGAGGUUACUGGAAGACAUGGAUUUUCUGGAAGACAUGGAUUUUCUGGAAGACAUGGAUUUUCUGGAAGACAUGGAUUUUCUGGAAGACAUGGAUCUUCAGGAAGACAUGGAUCUUCAGGAAGACAUGGAUCUUCAGGAAGACAUAUAUUGGCUGGAAGACCUUGACUUAUUGGAAGACAUGAAUUGUCCGGAAGACAUAGCUUUACUGGAAGACCUGGAUUUAGUGGAAGAAACUGAUUUUGUCUGGAAGACACGGGUUGACUGGAAACUUGAUUUGGUGGAAGACAUAGAUUGAAUGGAAGAUCUGGAUUGAUUGGAAGACCUAGAUUUAGUGGAAGACAUAGAUUUUCUGGAAGACAUGGACUGACUGGAAGACUUGGAUUUCUUUCUGGAAGACGUUGAUUAA